CGCCCCCGAAGCUCGCGCAAUGUCCACUCAGCGUGUAUUCACAGGUUACAACGUGGUGCUGAGCGAUGGACAGCCUCAACCAGCCACCCUGAUUGUGGAUCUCACUACAGGCAAGAUUGUUGACAUACUCGGCCGAGUCAGCGCCCGCACCGACUUCCCUGACGUCGGCGAUGCGGAUUGGAUCGAUGCGGGGGGCAAGUUUAUCUUGCCAGGAAUAGUUGACGCUCACGUCCACCUGAACGAACCUGGACGGACAGACUGGGAGGGUUUCUGGUCGGGCACGCGCGCCGCAGCUUCUGGAGGAGUCACGACGAUCGUAGAUAUGCCACUGAACUCUAUACCGCCGACGACGACGGUCGCAAACCUUGAGGAGAAACGCAACGCAGCCCGCGGGCAAUGUUGGACAGACGUCGCAUUCUGGGGCGGGGUCAUACCCAACAAUCAGGCUCAUAUGAAGCAGCUCGUCGAAGCAGGUGUGAGAGGCUUCAAGUGCUUCCUCAUUGAAAGUGGCGUGGAGGAAUUCCCAUGUGUCAACGAAGAUGACCUCCGUCUGGCUAUGAAUGAGCUUCAGAAUACGUCCACGGUGCUUUGCUUCCACGCUGAACUUGACAAGACUGCCAGCACGGUUGCCGCGCCUGCGGAUGCCGAUCCCACUCUCUAUUCGACGUUCCUCGCGUCCCGCCCACAGCAGCUCGAGGUCGAUGCCAUCGCGCUAAUUACCGCGCUUCACAGGCAGUAUCCUUCUCUCCGGUUGCACAUCGUUCAUCUCUCCGCGUCUGAUGCGCUCCCACUUAUUCGCGCCGCCAAGCAAUCGGGCCUCCCGCUUACCGUGGAGACAUGUUUCCAUUACUUGACCCUUUCCGCCCAACACAUCCCGCAUGGUCGACCCGAGUUCAAGUGUUGCCCGCCCAUACGCGAAGAAGCUAAUCGCGAGGCGUUGUGGGCGGCCCUCUUGGACGGCACGAUCGACUGCGUAGUUAGCGACCAUAGCCCAUGCGUCGUGUCCCUGAAGAAGGUCGAGGAGGGCGAUAUUAUGAGCGCAUGGGGAGGGAUCAGCACACUUGGGCUGGGGCUAAGCCUCUUGUGGACGGAGGCCCGCAAGCGUGGCGUGGGCAUCGAUAGGCUCGUCGACUGGCUCUGUGUCAAGACCGCUAAGCACGCUGGACUCGAUGACAGGAAGGGAACAAUUCAAGUGGGGUACGACGCGGAUCUCCUCGUUUGGGAUCCAGAUGCGGAGACGAAGGUCACGAAGGAGUCGCUUAACUUCAAGAACAAACUGACCCCUUACAAAGGCCUUGCACUACGUGGGAGGGUUGACCGAACGUUCCUCCGCGGCUUGCUGAUUUAUGACGGUGCUGUGAACGGAUUCACUGAUCUAGAGCCAGUUGGCGCCUUGCUGUGAAACCCGCAUCAUGCCAUAGAAUACAUCAGAAAGACUUUCG